AUGACUGAUCUUACUACUUCGUCAACCCCGGCAUCGGCCUCAAUUAAUACGGUGGAAACGGAAUCCAAGGGGAAACGCAAAUCGUCAACGGCCGGCCUCGCUGCUAAUUCCCGUCCGGUAAAACGACGGGCGUCCAAGGCAUGUUGUUGCUGUCGGGCCCGCAAAGUCCGCUGCGACGUCGUCGAGAAUGGUUCACCAUGCACGAAUUGCCGCCUGGAUCAAGUGGAAUGUGUCGUGACCGAGAGCAAACGGAGAAAGAAAUCGCGCGUUGAGAUGGACAGUACCACCCAACAACUCGGUCAAUCACCCGCCGAGGUGUCGGAAGAUGGUGGCAGUUUUCUCAGGAGACUCAGCGAGAGCCAUGGACUCUCGGACGUUGCUCCCGCCUCGCCGUCGCAACGGUCCGUUGACCUGGACCAUGGACAGCACAUGCCGCAUUUGUUGUAUCAAAACCAGGCCAGCAGAAUUGGCUCGGGCGAGCGCUAUCGAAGAAGAAUGGCGCCAAACCCGGCCGUGCCGGCCACUAUGCCGCUCCACCAUGUGACCUCGCAGAUCCAGCAGCUGUUGGAUCCCUCCUUUGUCAGUGAUCGCUCCGGAGGCAUUGUGCUCCCGGACUACAUCAGGGGACUGCCACCUCGCCUACAGAGAGAGGACAUCGACUAUCUGGCAAUGAAGGGCGCCUUGACGGUGCCCGACGUGGCACUGCGAAACGAGUUGCUGAAAGCUUACAUCCACUACGUCCACACGUACAUGCCUCUCCUAGACCUGGAGGACUUCCUCCAGACAAUCGUGCAGAACGACGGAAUUCGUCGCAUGAGUCUGUUGCUUUUCCAGGCGGUGAUGUUCGCAGGAACGGCGUUCAUUGAUCUCAAACAUCUACACGCCGCGGGCUACCCGACUCGCAAGGCUGCACGCAAACAAUUCUUCCAGCGCGCCAGGUUAUUGUACGACUUCGAUUAUGAGGUGGAUCGGAUUUCGCUGGUUCAAUCCUUGCUUUUGAUGACCUACUGGUACGAAACACCCGAUGAUCAAAAGGACACGUGGCAUUGGAUGGGUGUCAGCCUCUCUCUCGCACAUACGAUCGGUUUGCACCGUGAUCCCGGAAAUUCUCGCAUGGGACUUCGGCGCCAGCGGAUGUGGAAGCGUAUCUGGUGGAGCACGUACACGCGCGACCGGUUGAUAGCUCUAGGAAUGAGGCGCCCGAUGCGUGUCAAGGAUGAUGACUGCGAUGUGCCUAUGUUGACCCUCGACGACUUUGAAUUCCACCCUUUCUCUCCCGAAAUUAUCAACAUGGUUGGCGACUCCGAAAUCCUCCAAAGCGUCAAUCACCAGAAACAGCUCGCCCUUAUGUUUAUCGAGAAAGCCAAGCUUUGUCUGUGCGUCAGCCACGUGCUUUCCGCCCAAUAUUCGGUUCUAAGUCAUAAAUUUGGUGGAACGAUGGAGACGACCAUGAUGCUGGUUCCCAAAAAGUCGGCGGCCGAAACGUUCGAGGUGCGACGGUGCGAUCAGGAGUUGGAAGAUUGGCGGGCCCAUCUUCCUGCGGAGAUCCAAUACUCGCCUGCCGCCCCCUCCAAGUUAACCGAAGCCCAGGAGGUUCUGCAUUCGCAUCGCGCUUUGCUCAAGAUGGUCUAUCUAACCACCUCGAGCGCCCUACAUCGUCCCCAGGUGCUUCCGGCCAUUCCGUUCCCCUCCACGGAUGCUGAGCUACAGGAGAUUUCGAGAAGCAAGGUCCGAUUUGCCGCCGUGGAGAUCACCAAUAUCGCCCAGGAUCUACACAGCCUGGAUCUCACACGAUAUUUCCCCACGACCGGCGUUACGGUCUUGCUGCCCGCCGUCAUCAUUCAUCUUCUCGACAUCAAGUCCAGCGACCCGAACAUCCGAACGACCAGUCUUCGGCGGUUCUACCAGUGCAUGCGCAUCUUGCAACGUUUGCGGGAGAUCUAUGCCUCUGCCGACUUUGCCACGUCAUUCUUGGAAGCUGCCAUCCGCAAGGCUGGCAUUCAGCUGACCGUCUCGCCUCAGGACGUGCAAACGCGUGGAGGAAGUACGCUCGAUACGGCGGCGCGUCUCAACACCCUGACCCCGCCUCCCGAUUCGCUCGCCCAGAAGAUCCCCGACCUGACAUACCCCAAGUCGGACGCGUCCGGAAUUGCGGCGCUGGCCGGCGAACACGACGCCGCAUUCGCAUCGACCCCUCCUCCUUCGGACGGCAGUGAGAACGGCAGUACCAACAACCUCAAUUCGAGCUACGCUCAAGACGCGUUUGGCAUUCCCAACUUCAACCCCGAGCUCAGUCUCAGUGAGCUUAUGGACUUGGCAAACGAUGCGGAGGUGACGCAAAAUGAUUUCGACGCGCUGAUCAACUUUGACGAUGCCGGCGCGGAACUCUUCUCGGCGGAGGAGGGUCUUCACCCUAGCAGUGGUUCUGGCGGAAAGAGCUUUGGGUUCGGAUUGGACUCUAUGAAUAUGGAUAAUAUGCAUGAUGGGUUGGGGUUUGAUCCCGAGAGUAAAGGCUUGGAUCUGACCGGGCAAGCGCAUAGCGAUCGUGGCCCAGCAGGCCUCAGCACCGACCUCGACGCCGAGCUGGGACUGAAUCUUUGA